CCUAAGUUACCUAAAGAGAUCAAGUGGUGUAUCGGGGAGGUGAUUUGCGGUUGUUUCUCACCAGAUUCUGCUUCGAUCGAUUUGUCAUUUCAAGUCACACACCUGCGAAUUCCACCUAUUUCGUCUCAUGUCUUCCCGCAAAUUACCGAGUCAAAGGUUGACCGGCAACCUAUCGUGGUCUCCGCCGAUAGGUCCACAGUUCACUGAGAAUACUCGUCAGAACUAUGAACGGUUCAUGGCAGAACGGCAGCGGCAUUACGAUAGCAGUACCCCGAGCUACUCCGUACCCGACUUCCCAAGGAUUACGCAAGAUCCACGCAGUCAACACACCCGUCGUGAACCACCAGUUGAUAAUGAGGAAUCAGAUGUAGCUAUUCUUGCCGAUGUAAAUGAUUUGCUAUGUGCUCCAGGACGCACAAACAUCCCAGUCCUAUGUCCAGACCGUGAAGGAACAGCUACAUGGGUUUAGACAUGACUCCACUGGUAAGAUUACGAAGCAGAUCCUUAAAAUGCUGAAAUCUGAUCUCCCUAAGCCUUAUCCAACUUAUCGGUCUCUCCCACCAGAAAUUAAAAACCGAUGGUUCAGAGCUUUUGCGCAAGAGUUCAACUGGGAUCCAAGCAUUACAGAGUAUGUUCGCACAAACUACAAUAAGCAAGCAAAAGCAUCUUUUAAAGCUAAUGUCCGUGAUUGGAAGAAAACAUGGACAAAUAAAGGACCUGACAACUUACCUGAUUGGAUGAAGGCGAAGAAAAAUCUAUUUGAUGAUUACAUCAAGAUGCGGAGCGGAGCCUAAUAUGAUUUAUUUCAUGAAACAAACACACUUAGACAAGAAGACCCGAACCAUUAGUGAUAUGAAGACCAAACAGUAUCUGGAUAAGGCUUCUAGUCAAGUGGAGCUCAUACAAUCCCAACGCCAACCUGAUGGUGAUCCUUCGGCUCAGCCAGACCCUCUUACAACAGAGGAGAUUAACUCUAUUAUGCGUAAAGUUGUUCCAAAGGUUAGAGGUAAACGUUAUGGCUUUGGUAACCUUUUCGAUGAUGGAUGCCCAUCUUCUUCUUCAGCUCCAUGUCAGAUUCCUAAACUACAAGAGGAGAUUCAAACAUUGAAGGCUCGUGAACAAGAGAAGGACGCUCAGAUCAAGUUUCUCAUGGAAUGCAACAAGCUCCUCCUAGGGCGGUUUCCUGAUCUACGUCCACCUGACUACCCGGUGACACCAGCAACAGUGGAAGACGAUGACGAGACACAACCUUGAUCAGUUUCAUAAUAUCUUGUAAAAAGUACGUUUAUUGUAUUUGGAUUGUUUUUCUGAGUAAUGAAGUAUUAUGUAUUGGACGAUUGCAUGUGUCUAGUUUAAAUUUAUAAAAAUGCAAACUAAUUGGA